AUGGGAAAUCAAUCAAAUUGCUGCUCAGAUUUUACAAUUCAAACAUCAAAUCAUAAUAUUCCUUAUAGAUCAUAAGAAAGCUAAUUUACAAAUGAUAUUGAUAUUUUUAGGAAAAUGAUUACCUAGCCUAUGAAACCAUUGCCUCUUAAUAGAUUCGAAAGGCUUAAAGAAAUGGCUGAUGAUGAUAUUUAAGACAUCUUAAAUCAAUUUAGUGAAUUAGAAAAGAAAUGA